CCUUCACACAAGCUCGAUCCAACAGCAGUGAUUUGUGCCAGAAAGUUGUUCCUUCUCGCGUAUACUGGUCUUAUUGGUUCGAUUCCCCUUUUUCCCGUCCUCCGCUUUGACGCGCCCCUCCCCCUCCGCGCGGCCAGCAGUCAGGUCCCGUCCCGUUCACUAUCGGGGGGGAGGGAGGCGGGGGGGGGGGGGGGGGGGGGGGAAGAACACCGGACUGUAGCGCGCGCGCCUAGCCGGUGGACAUUCCGCCUUCUCUCGGUGAAAAAAAAUUCCCAACAAUGACGGCGCGCGACGCACAACUCUCCCGGACGCACCAGAUUCUCCACCGAACCGGAGUCGCUGCUGUCCGCCGUGGAAUGCGCGUGUCUCCCCCGACAGAGGUGUAGUGUGCCCCAUCCGUCCGUCAACCGUCAAGAGAGUUUCGGAGUUCGGCGCAGCGCGGGACGCGACGCCACAAACGAUGCCGUUCUGCAAACGGACGAUACUUCCGAAAGAUGUGUGCCGCCGACGACGAGGGGGGGAGGACAGCGACGCGAACGCACCGAUCGCGGGGUUCGUGGACCUGGUGGACGUGUGCGGCUUCGCGCUGUGCGCGGUUCUCCGCCAGCUCUCGGACCUGUCCCGCCACUCGGUCCGCAUCCUCGAGGAGCUGGAGGGCGAUCUGGUGGCCGUGUGUCGCCGCUCUGGUGCGCUCGAGGGGAAGCUGGUCGGCCUGCAACGGCACGUCGCUGCGCUGGUCAGCAAACCGCCUCCGAAAACAGUCAGUGGUCUUGAGGCGGAGGGCAGCAGCGGCGGCGCUAGCAGGCGAGCGGGCACCAGCAGCAACAGCUGCCACGGCAACAGCGGCGGCGGCGGAGGAGCGGCGUCCUCCAGCAGCAGCCACGGCAGCGCUGGGCCGGCCCACUCUGGGUCUCCAUGGCAACAGAGCGUGAACGUGUUCGGCUCGUGGAGCCGGCCGGACUGCGUGGAGGAGCUCCACCAGCAAGCCCAGCAGAACCUCCAGAGCCUGCUGCAAG